AUUACUUUCACAUGUAUCAUAUAUUCAUAUUAUGAGCUGGCAAGAUUCAAGAACAGUAGUGAAAGAGAUCUGGUAAAAUGGCGAGAGAGAAGAUAAGGAUAAAGAAGAUUGAUAACAUAACAGCGAGACAAGUUACUUUCUCUAAGAGAAGAAGAGGAAUCUUUAAGAAAGCCGAUGAACUUUCAGUUCUUUGCGAUGCUGAUGUUGCUCUCAUCAUCUUCUCUGCCACUGGAAAGCUCUUCGAGUUCUCUAGCUCAAGAAUGAGAGACAUAUUGGGAAGGUAUAGUCUUCAUGCAAGUAACAUCAACAAAUUGAUGGAUCCACCUUCUACUCAUCUCCAGCUUGAGAAUUGUAACCUCUCCAGACUAAGUAAGGAAGUCGAAGACAAAACCAAGCAGCUACGGAAACUGAGAGGAGAGGAUCUUGAUGGAUUGAACUUUGAAGAGUUGCAGCGGCUAGAGAAACUGCUUGAAUCCGGACUUAGCCGUGUCUCUGAAAAGAAGGGCGAGUGUGUGAUGAGCCAGAUUUCUUCACUUGAGAAACGGGGAUCGGAAUUGGUGGAUGAAAAUAAGAGACUGAGGGAUAAACUAGAGACGUUGGAAAGGGCUAAACUGAUUACGUUUAAGGAGGCUUUGGAGACAGAGUCGGUGACCACAAAUGUGUCAAGCUACGACAGUGGAGCUCCCCUUGAGGAUGACUCCGACACUUCCCUGAAGCUUGGGCUUCCAUAUUGGGAAUGAAUCUGAGAGAGAGAAAGAUCCAGCAGAGUUGACUUCGAUAUAUAUGGAAGCCCACAAAAUAUUAAGUCUACCUUUUCCCUUUCUUUCCUUUGAAAUAAGUGUUGAAAAAAAAUUGAGAUGGGAAGAAUGAAUUCUCAUUGCAUUG